CGAGUGCUCAGGGACGGGGGGCGGGGCGGGAUGGUCAGGAGGAAGACUGUCACAUGACGCUGGAGCACACGUGACUCGGAGUACACAUGACUUCCCGUCGCGGGCCACCUCCGGGAGAGCAAGGACGCGAGGGAGCAGAGAUGGUCCGAGCCGCGCUGUCGCCGCCAUUCCUCCUGCUGUUGCUCUCCUGGGCGCCCCGAAGCGAGGCAGCCCCUGACCAGGACGAGAUCCAGUACCUGCCAGGGCUGGCCAAGCAGCCGUCUUUCCGCCAUUACUCUGGCUACCUCAGAGGCUCCGGUUCCAAGCACCUCCACUACUGGUUUGUGGAGUCCCAGAACGAUCCCAAGAGCAGCCCUGUGGUGCUGUGGCUCAAUGGAGGGCCGGGCUGUAGCUCCCUAGACGGCCUCCUCACCGAGCACGGCCCCUUCCUGAUCCAGCCAGACGGUGCCACUCUGGAGUACAACCCCUAUUCCUGGAACCUGAUUGCCAAUGUGUUAUACCUCGAGUCCCCAGCUGGGGUGGGCUUUUCCUACUCCGAUGACAAGUCUUAUGCAACCAAUGACACCGAGGUGGCCCAGAACAAUUUUGAAGCCCUUAAAGAUUUCUUCCGCCUCUUCCCGGAAUACAAGGACCACGAGCUUUUCCUGACGGGAGAGAGCUAUGCCGGCGUCUAUAUCCCCACCCUGGCAGUGUUGGUCAUGCAGGACCCCAGCAUGAACCUUCAGGGGCUGGCUGUGGGCAACGGACUCUCCUGCUAUGAGCAAAAUGACAACUCCCUGGUCUAUUUCGCCUACUACCAUGGCCUUCUGGGAAACAGGCUCUGGUCUUCCCUCCAGACCCACUGCUGCUCUCAAAACAAGUGUAACUUCUACGACAACAAAGACCCAGAAUGCGUGACCAAUCUUCAGGAAGUGUCCCACAUCGUCGGCAGCUCCGGCCUCAACGUCUACAACCUCUACGCUCCAUGUGCUGGGGGGGUGCCCAGCCAUCUAAGGUACGAGAAGGACACUGUCGUGGUCCAGGAUCUGGGCAACACCUUCACUCGUCUGUCAUCCAAGCGGAUGUGGCAUCAGACACUGCUGCGUUCUGCGGGAAAGGUGCGCCUGGACCCCCCCUGCACCAACACCACAGCCGCCUCCACCUACCUCAACAACCCUCUCGUGCGGAAGGCCCUCCACAUCCCCAACCAGCUGCCCCGCUGGGACGUGUGCAACUUCCUGGUGAAUAUCCAGUACCACCGUCUCUACCAAACCAUGUGUUCCCAGUACCUGAAACUGCUGGCCGCACAGAAAUACCGGAUCCUGCUGUACAACGGAGAUGUGGACAUGGCCUGCAAUUUCAUGGGAGACGAGUGGUUUGUGGAUUCCCUCAACCAGAAGGUGGAGGUACAGCGCCGGCCCUGGUUGGUGGACUACGGGGAUAGCGGGGAGCAGAUCGCUGGCUUCGUGAAGGAGUUCUCCCACAUCACCUUUCUUACCAUCAAGGGGGUUCUACCAAUUUCCAGGAGUGUAUGCUUGGGUUUCACUAUGGGAAGCCCCACGGCCACCCCAUGCUCACUGUCUCUGUGUCACUGCCUGCGGAACUUAAGUGCCCAGGGACCUCUCCCACUGGGGUUCAUCCAAAUACUGCCAGCCCAGGAAGACAGCACACAAGCUGCUGGAAUCACCUGGAGAGAGGUUUGGCAUUUCCCCAGGGACUGUGGGUUUUUGAUUGAGAUACUGAGGUACAGCAGGAGGAAGUAACUGGUCCCAGUAAAUAAACACAGGCUCUACUGACCACAGGUUACCAAGUUGGAUUUCUACCCAAGAAGUCAACACUCGCAUAGCCCAGCUCCCCGCUUCCUCUCCCUGUCUCCAGCUGUGUUUUCUUUGGACCUUUGCAUGGCUUGGGGAAGCUGCGUCUGCCCAUCUCCCCUUCUGACCAUUUCCCCACCCCCAAGGCCCACCCAAGCUACCCCUCAGGAAAUGAUGCCCCUC